AUGUCAGCGGCGGCCGUGGCGUGCCUGGACUACUUCGCUGCCGAAUGCCUGGUGUCCAUGUCCGCGGGCGCCGUGGUCCACCGCCUCCCGCAGCAGGACCCCGAGGGCGCGGGGGAAGCCGCGGGCUCCGAGGUGGGUGCGGCGGCGCCGCCGGAGUCCGCUCUGCCUGCGGGCGCGGGACCACCGCCGGGACCCGCGGCGGCGGCGGCGGCGGUCCCCCUGCCUCUCCAGGUCCCCGCCCCCGGCCCCGGCGCGUGCGGCGCCGCGCCCCACCUGCUGGCAGCGAGCGUCCUGGCUGACUUGAGCGCCGGCGCCGGGGAGGGCUUCGGGGAGCCCUCGGGGGAGGCUCUGCGCGCCUCGCCUGGCAUCCUCGACCCCGGCCCGUGCUCCGGGCCCACCCCGUGCCUCGAGCCGGCCCUGGCCCCCGACCCGGACGAAGAUUCCUGGCCCGAGGACCUCACCGGCGCGCUCGAGAUCGUAGAGGCACCUGAUGACUCCGGAUCGCCCGCCAGCCUGGAUGGGGCCUCCGGGGCGACCCCUGGCGUGCGCCCGGCCCCUGCCGCGCCUCCGGGCCCCCGCCGGCGGCAGGUGACACCCGCAGCCAAGCGCCAUCGCUGCCCCUUCCCGGGCUGCAACAAAGCUUAUUACAAGUCGUCACAUCUGAAGUCCCACCAGCGCACCCACACCGGGGAGCGCCCCUUCUCCUGUGACUGGCUCGACUGCGACAAGAAGUUCACGCGCUCCGACGAGCUGGCCCGUCACUACCGGACACACACUGGCGAGAAGCGCUUCUCCUGCCCGCUCUGCCCGAAGCAGUUCUCCCGCAGCGACCACCUGACCAAGCACGCCCGCCGCCACCCUGCCUACCACCCCGACAUGAUCGAGUACCGGGGGCGCCGCCGCACCCCCCGCGUCCACGCGCAGCCUGCCAGCCUGGUGGACAGCUCCGGCUCCGCGCCCGACGAGGAGUCCAGCCUUACCGCAAGCCUGUCCGACGGUCACUGCUGCUAG